AUGAUCAAGACAGUGGUCAAGGAUGUCAAAGGCAGUAAAGGGGAGGGCUGGGAGGAGGCUGUUGGUGACUUCUGGGGACCAGACUCAAAGGAGCAGUGGAAGAGCAUGAAUAGCAAAGCUGUCCCUAAAAGUAGAAAAAAAAUACAUGAUAAUGAAAGAGCAGCAGCUGAAGGAGAAGCAGAGACAAGUGAGGAGCUUUUCAAAGCAGAGCUGUCCCGAGCUCACAACACCACAGUGUUCCAGGGCCUGGCGGGCCAGUCCCUCCGGGUCUCCUGCCCCUAUGACUCCUUGAAGCACUGGGGGAGGCGUAAAGCCUGGUGCCGCCAGCUGGGUGAAGAGGGCCUGUGCCAGCGGGUGGUCAGCACCCACAGAUCAUGGCUGCUGUCCUUCCUGAAGAGGCAGAAUGGGAGCACUGCCAUCACAGACGAUGCCCUGGGUGGCACACUUACCAUUACACUGCGGAAUCUUCAAGUCCAUGAUGCUGGCCUCUACCAGUGUCAGAGCCUCCGUGGUAGCGAGGCUGACACCCUCAGGAAAGUCCUAGUGGAGGUGCUGGAAGACCCUCUUGAUCGCCAGGACCUUGAUGAUCUCUGGAUCCCCGAGGAGUCCCAGAGCUUCGGGGAUGCCCAGGUGGAGCACAGCAUCUCCAGGAGCUUCUCGGAAGAGGAGGUCCCCUUUCCACCCACUUCCAUCCUUUUCCUCCUGGCCUGCAUCUUUCUCAGCAAGCUUCUAGCAGCCAGCGCCCUCUGGGCUGUGGCCUGGCAUGGGCAGAAACAGGGGACAACCCUGGCCAGACAGGAGGACUGUGACUAUGACCCAGGUUACCAGCUCCAAACUCUGACAGGGCUCAGAGACACCUGAGAGGAGAGGACUCUACGUGGGAGGAGAGGGCCUGGAGGUCUGCAGAGACCACCCCAGCCUGCACACUCGCC